AUUCGUCCCUCAUUUGACAUUUUCAGUUCCGCCAUUGUUGAUAUCUCUAUCUCUCUUCCUUCUCCUUCCCAAAUCUCAUCGUCAAAAUGCCGCCAAAGUUCGAUCCAUCGCAGGUCGUCGACGUUUACGUCCGUGUCACCGGAGGAGAAGUCGGUGCCGCCAGUUCUCUCGCCCCCAAAAUCGGUCCACUCGGUCUUUCACCAAAGAAGAUCGGAGAAGACAUUGCCAAAGAGACCGCUAGAGACUGGAAGGGCCUUCGCGUGACGGUGAAGCUCACUGUUCAGAAUCGUCAAGCUAAGGUAUCCGUCGUUCCAUCUGCUGCCGCUCUUGUUAUCAAGGCGUUGAAGGAACCGGAAAGAGAUAGGAAGAAGACGAAGAAUAUUAAGCAUAAUGGAAACAUAUCAUUGGAUGAUGUUAUUGAGAUUGCUAAGAUUAUGAGUCCUAGAUCUAUGGCUAAAGAUCUUAGUGGUACUAUUAAGGAGAUACUUGGAACUUGUGUUUCCGUUGGAUGUACUGUUGAUGGGAAGGAUCCGAAGGAUUUGCAACAGGAGAUCAAUGAUGGUGAUGUUGAAGUUCCUCAGGAAUAGGUUAUUUCUAUCUAAUCUAGUUUCAUCUUCUCUUUAUUUAUAAUUACUGUUUUUAUGUUAUCGAAUUCAGAUUUUGUGUUCUUGUUUUUUUUGGAUGAUUCUGUAUUGUUUUGAAUUGGGAGAUGCAAUUUUCAUAUUCAGAAUUUUGAAACUGCUUAUUUUAUCUUAAUGUUGUAUUGGGUUUAUUUUUGCAUGUUA